GAGGGCGGCGGGGGCCCUGGGCGGGCAGCCGUGGCUGAGGGAAGGGAGGGCGGCUGUGGCGGCGGGUUGGAGCCGGCCGGAGCCCGGGGGAGAGGUGCAGUACUGCGCCGAGCUGCUGCGCCGACAUUCAGAAGAAACAGGAGGACAUUUAAGAACGGCAGACUUGUUGAAAAUGAGUAAAUGUUUAACUUGACACCUACUUCUGUGUUCUGGAGGCAUUGCUGCUUUUCUUCUAAUGAAGAAUUGAGUUGCAGGUUUAUCAGAAGAAAGCGUGACUACGAAGGGUUUCUGUGCUCUCUGCUGUUGCCUGCGGAAUCGCGAACCUCUGCUUUUGCUUUAAGAGCCUUCAAUGUGGAACUGGCUCAGAUCAAGGACUCCAUAACUCAGAAGACCACCGGUCUGAUGCGAAUGCAGUUCUGGAGGAAAGCUGUGGAAGAUAUAUACUGCGAUAACCCACCCCAUCAGCCAGUUGCUGUAGCACUGUGGAGGGCUGUCAAGAGGCAUAACUUGACUAAAAUGUGGUUCACGAAGAUCAUUGAUGAAAGAGAGAAGAAUUUGGAUGACAGAGCCUACAGGAACAUCCAGGAGCUUGAGACGUACGCUGAGAACACGCAGAGCGCUCUCCUGUACCUCACUUUGGAAAUGCUGGGUGUGAGGGACAUCCACGCCGACCACGCAGCCAGUCACAUUGGGAAAGCGCACGGCAUAGUUACCUGUUUAAGAGCAACUCCCUACCACAGCGCAAGACGAAAGGUCGUUCUUCCCAUGGACAUUUGUAUGUUGCAUGGCGUUUCACAAGAGGAUUUUAUAAGAGGCAAGCAAGAGAAAAAUGUGAGAGAUGUCAUUUAUGACAUUGCCAGCCAGGCCCAUAUUCACCUAGAACAUGCUAGAUCUUUCAGGAAGAAAGUCCCUGCGAAAGCAUAUCCUGCUUUUUACUGUACGGUUGCUUUAGAUGCUUAUUUAUAUAAUAUACGGAAAGUGGACUUCAAUAUCUUUCAUCCGAGCUUACAAAAGAGGAGUACAUUAUUACCGUUGUAUUUAUAUAUUAGAUCUUGGAAAAAAACAUAUUAAAACUUUCUUAAUAUGAAA